UUUGGUCACGGCAAAGAUGAAGUGAGAUUGGCACACCAAGCUCCUACAGUAGAUCAUUCCUCAAGGGAAAAAUCCAGACACAUCAGAUAAUCAGCACAAGUUCUUACGAACUGCACGCUACGACAGUUGACUUGCAGCAAUGAAAUUGCCAGUAUGGAGAAGUAAUGCAGCAGACCCUUGUCUUGUACACACCCACCAUUGACUGAGGAACAACGGUCUUGACUAAGAAGUGAAGGAUAGAUGAAAGCAAUGCCGAGGCCGUAGCAUCUCUCUCUAAGGGCAACGUCUGUAUUAACCUGGCGAUUUUAUGCGUGAUCAAAUGUGGCUUAGGUUGGCGGAGAGGAUUGGCGCAAGUUUUGCACUUCUAUGAACCUGACUGGUGUCCGUGGUCGACGUAAACCUCGUUGAUCCUCAUCCGUUCCCAUCCAUUUUCGCAUUAGAGACCUAGAAAUCGUGGGCCACUUCCGAAACAUGUUCUUUACUGACACAGCAGUAUUGAUUUGUAGGUUUACCAGCACAGAGAAGCAGGCUGUCUAGGUUUUGCAGCGGUCGUGUUUGCCAACUUGUAGCAUUUCUGUUUAGAAUCCGAAGUAGCGAAACUAUCGUCGCCUAGUGAAAAUUUAGAAUCUUUGUGGCGCGUUCCAUAUUAAAAUUGACGUUUUAUUGUUUGGAGGAGAGGGCGUUCAAUCUAUUGAGUAUCGUCCUUGGUAGCGUUCAGGAGAUUACAGUAGGAAUCCUAAAUUGGUUCUCGUGGCAUGAGGAAGCAGGUCGUUUGCUGGACGUGUAGGAUUGAGGACAUAUCGUAGAAAAUUUCUCAAGCAAAUCUAGUGUUUGAAGCUAUGAACCGUCUCUUCUUCUUAUCGCAGUCCCCUCCUCGCAUUUUAAACUCACUGAACAACCCUCCUUUGACGUCCCUUAACUUAUUGCACUGGAUCUUUACUCAUCCGAUAUCGCGUUCUGUGGACUACGGCCAUCGAUUCCGUUCGGGUCGUGGUAUCCGUUCGCAGCAUGCGGAAUCUGCGACGAGUCACUUGGUUGCGGAACUGAUGUCGCCUUCGCAACGUCCGGGGUCUGCUCGAGGAGAGAAUUUGGUUUUGGAUGACGAAAAUGUACCCACUGCUUCCUCAGUGUAUGUUCAUAUCCCUUUUUGUAGACGCCGAUGUUUUUACUGUGAUUUCCCAAUUGUGGCAGUCGGUGAGAGGACAGACACCAACAAAGCUCACAUGGAUGCAGGCAUGACGGACUAUGUAGACCUAGUUUGCCGAGAGAUUCGCCUUGCGGCGAAGGUGAAUAGCAGCAAACCCUUGCAGACAGUCUUCUUUGGUGGGGGAACUCCUUCUCUCUUGCCCCCUCCUCUCCUACUCCGCAUCAUUGACACUUUGCACGAGCAUUUUGGUAUCGAUUCAGGAGCAGAGAUUUCUAUGGAAAUGGACCCUGGGACGUUUGAUGUUCAUUCUUUGAGGCAAUUGAUGGAUGGCGGUUUGAGUAGGGUUUCUAUGGGCGUGCAGUCCUUCCAGGGUGCUCUUCUUGAAUCCUGUGGCCGCUCACACGGCCUAUCCGAAGUCUACGAAGCUAUCGAGGCAAUCCACGCAAGUGGUUUGAAUAACUGGAGUCUGGACCUCAUCUCGUCUUUACCACAUCAAUCUCUACAGGACUGGGAACAUUCCAUCAACGAGGCUGUGAAAGCCUCUCCUGCCCAUGUCUCUGUUUAUGAUUUGCAAAUCGAGGAGGGCACUCUAUUCAACAAGUGGUACAAACCAGGGCAAUCUCCCCUUCCAAGCGACGAUAAUGCUGCUGAGUUCUACCGGAUGGCCUCAGCCAAGCUCCAGGAUGCUGGUUUUGCACACUAUGAAAUCAGCAAUUAUGCGAAGGAAGGUUUCCAGUGCAGACACAACCUUGUCUAUUGGAACAAUCUCCCCUACUUCGCAUUCGGAUUGGGAUCAACAAGCUACAUUGGAGGUCGAAGAUUCUCCCGGCCUCGUAAGUUCAAACAAUACCGGGAGUUCGUUGAGCAAUUUGAGAGUUCAGGAGGUGUCAUUGAAUGUCCACAAGAUAGUACAGAAGACAGAGCCUUGGACGUUAUAAUGCUCUCGCUUAGAUUAGCUCGGGGCUUAGAUAUACAAGCUUUCUCUCAAAGGUUUGGAGCUGGUUUGAGCACACUUGUGUGCAAAGCUCUACUGCCUUUCGUCUCCAGUGGUCAUGUCGUUUUUCUGAACGCAGACGGGGACAUCUUGGACACUGAAGUUAUCAAGGCUCUUGUACAGGAUAGCAGAGUUUUUGGCCUUUCUAGGUUGUCUUAUGUACGCCUCACGGAUCCAAAUGGGUUCUUGCUUUCUAAUGAAGUGAUUGCCUCAAUCUUCUCCGCGUUACCCAGCGGGGAAAAUUCCCAAUAUCGAGCAUGUCUUUGCAACCUUGUUGAUUACUGAUUAUUGAUUACUGUCUUCGCAACUUAA